AGCGUCCUCACACUACUAAGUUACUUCGCCAUGUCGUUGAGAGAAUUUACGUUGCGCUUGUAUCAUAUGCCUGGUCUGCGGUCCAAUCGCGUUGUAUGGGCUGCUGCUGAGCUGGGAAUAUCUCUGGAGAUGACUGAGAUCAAUGUAAUGAAGAAAGAACACUUUGCACCCGAAUAUGUACAGAAGUGUCCAGAUAGAUACGUGCCGAUGUUAGAGAUCACAGACAACACUAAAGGUGAAGCAGACAAAACACGAGUAGUCCGUAUUGUCGAGGCAACGGCAAUUAUACAAUGGCUGGUUGAGAUGACACCAGAUGUUCCGCUAUCCCCGCCUAUGACGGACAUCAAGGGACGAGCAGAGUAUCAGAUGUGGAUGUCGUACGUUGGUUGCACAAUGGACUCGCUUCUAUGGACCAUAAGAUUAAACACAUCGUGGGCUCUGAAGGAAGACGAGAGAAGCGUGGGGAAUGAGAACUACGCGCGAACGAAAUGGGCGAGAGAUGUUUUACCUAGAUUGACGCCUGUGCUGAAGAAAAACAAGUAUAUACUCGGCGACAAGUUCUCUGCGGCUGAUGUACUUCUGUGGGCAAAUUUAGACUGGUCGUUGGAGUAUGACCUGAUUUCAGAGGAAGAGAACCCGGAUAUAUAUAAAUACUACACAUUGCUUCGUAAACGAAAGAUGAGGCAAGACAACUAUCCCCCAUUCGUAGGAUAA